AUGACUUUUAGAAAUGAAGUUUCUAAGAGAGAUUUAGGAGGUGAAUUGAUCAUGCCACUUCCGGAUGGUGCAUCUGUUAUUGGAUUUGCAAUGCAAGUGGAUGGAGAAUUGAUUGAUGCUGUACCUGUGGAGAAGGAGAGUUCAAAAAAGAUAUUCGAAUCUGAAGUGAGAUCUCACAAACAAGUUUCAAUUGCCGAGAAGGUUGACAAUUCUAAUUGCUUCAAAACACGAGUUUAUCCUCUCGUGUUUGGACAAGAUAAGACCAUUAGAGUCAAGUAUCAAAUCAUCAUGAAAGAAAUUGUUGAAAAUGGAAACAAAUUAUCCGCCUCUGCUUGGUUUCCACUUUCGUAUCAAGAAUUUAAUCUUUUGAGAGAUGCUAAUGUUGAAUUCAUGUUUAAUGAGAGUGCCAUCCAUGACUUCGAUUCCAGUAUUGUAAUGAAAAUGGAAAAUGGAGAGAAGUUAAUUAAGUCUGGUUCUAAUUCAAACAUUCAAAGAUUGGAAAAAAGUGAUUUGAGUAAAAGCUUAACAGGUUUCUCAAUUGAGUUGGUAAGAAAGGUAAAGAGCACUGAUAAUAUUUUGUUAGCUACUGAGAAUGACUACUUUAUGGUUUCACUUCCUGUUUCUGCAAUUCCAGAAGAGUUAAAAUUAGAGAGCAUUGGAAAUAAGGUUCAAAUAAUUUGGGAUGUUUCGCUCAGUCAAUCAGAUCAACAUGAGGAAAAUGUAAAUCUCUUGAAAUUAAUUCUCAAUAGAUUAGAAAAUGGUCCUAUUACCUUAUCAUUAUUUAGUAAUACCAUAGUUGACCAACAAGAAUUUAAUUCAAAAGAAUCUCUUUUACUAUUUAUUCAAAACAGCGUAGUCUAUGAUGGUGCCUCUAAUAUGAAGCUAUUUGGAGAAGAAUUGAUCUGUAGCAACGUUGAUUAUUGUAUUGCAUUCACAAAUGGAAUUCACAACUUUGGUUUAGAGCUGACACCCAAAUGCACUUUUGAGAAGCCAGUAUUCUUUUUAAACACUUCUGCAAUUACAAACAGUCAACUGUUGAAAAAUAUUGCAGUGAAAUCGGGAGGAGCUUAUUUGAAUGCAAAUGAAACUAGUAUUGAAAAGAUAUUGGAAAUAAUUGGAAAGAAUCAAUUACUUUUUUUGGUAGCUGAUUAUGAGAGUUGUGAUAUGGAACAAGUUUAUCCACACGAACCAGUUGGGGUAAAAGAAGGAGAAGUUUUCAACCUAUUUGGUAAAAUCAAAAAUUUCAAUAAUCCAACAGUUUCAGUUGGUGUCACAUUCAAAUAUGGAUCCAAGAUUAUUCAAACACAGGAAAUUAAUAUUCCAACUACUAGGGUACAAGUUUCCAAAGAAUCUGCCAUAGUUCCACAUUUAUGGGCUCAGGAAAAAAUCCAAUCUCUUUCCUCAUUCUCCCAUCUAUUCAUGGAUGAAAUUAGAAAAACUAGUCAAGAGUUCAGUAUUGUCACUGAAUCAACCUCUCUUCUCGUACUCGAAUCAGUGAGUCAGUACAUUAAAUACAAUAUUGUUCCACCAGAGAGUCUGCCAAAGUGGAGAGAGUCCUUCUUUGAAUCUCAAAAACGAAACGAGUCUUCCACAAAAAAACAGGAAAAGAAAAAACUAAAGCAAUUUAUCAAAAAAUGGAAACUUCGUACUGAUUGGCAUAGAGUAAAUUUUGACAUGGCUACUCUUAAAAGAAUUCAAAGCAAGAAAAAGAGAAGUUUGCUAGGAAGAACUCGAUUUUCUCAAACCUCUGAUGAUAGAAGUUAUGAUAUAAGUGAUGAUAGAAGAGAAAAUGAAAUUCCCACUAGUAGCAAACGUAAAAGGAUUACAAGUACAACUGAUUCAUCAUCCAGUCCAAUAGAAGGUUCCAUUACUAUCACUCCUUGGACUCCAAAUGCAACAUAUUACGAAGCUAUCACCACAGCCCAAGAUCCUUACAUUGAAUAUUUAAACCAGAGAAAAGAAUAUAAGGACUCUCCUGCUUUCUACUUGGAUGUGGCUGAUUACUUUUUGACCAAACAAGGUAACAAAACUCUUGGAGUAAGAAUUUUAUCCAAUAUUGUUGAAUUGGAAUUGGAAAAUGUACAAUUAUACAGAAUUGUUGGAUAUAGAUUGGAUCAAGCUGAUGAAUUGGAAUUAGCCGAAUUGAUAUUCGAAAAGGUCAAGAAAAUCAACUCUUUCGAACCUCAAUCAUUCAGAGAUUUGGCUCUCAUUAAGGAAAGAUUAGGAAAGUAUGAAGAAGCCAUGCAAUUAUUCAAUAAGGUAAUUGUAGGAAAAUGGGAUGAACGUUUUUCUGAAAUUGAACUCACAGUUGCAUUGGAAAUGAACCAUCUCCUUCUCAAAGAUCCAAAUUUGCCAAUAGUUGACCAAAGUUUGAUUUAUAAUUUUGAUCUCGAUAUCCGUAUUAGUAUGGCAUGGGAUACAGAUAUGGUAGAUUUGGAUCUACAUGUUGAAGAACCAAAGCCCUAUGGAGAACAUGCCUACUAUGGUCAUCCCAAUACAAGAAUUAAAGGUCUGGUCUCUAGAGAUUUCAGAGAGGGUUAUGGACCUGAGGAAUACAUGAUUAAGAAAGCCCAACCAGGUGAUUACAUUGCAACCACCAAUUAUUAUUCGAAUUAUUCUCAGGGCUUGACAGGUGGUACAACCGUUUUGUGUACCUUCUUCCUCAAUUAUAUGAGACCUAAUGAGCAAAGAUAUACUUCAACUGUUAGAAUUUCAUCACACAAGGAAAAUGUUCAAGUUUGCAAAAUAUCAAUUGAAUAA